AUGAAGAAAGAUGUUGAAGUGUCAGAACGAAAAGUUCGUCGCCAUCAUGGCUUGCUAAGACAGUACCAGUACAAGGAAGAAGUGACAUAUCACAAAGUUCAUCAUGGCCUGCUAAGACAGUACCAGUACAAGGAAGAAAAGACGCAUCACAAAGUUCAUCUUGGCCUGCUAAGACAGUACCAGUACAAGGAAGAAGAGACACAUCACAAAGUUCAUCAUGGCCUGCUAAGACAGUACCAGUACAAGUACCAGUACAAGGAAAAAGAGACACAUCACAAAGUUCAUCAUGGCUUGCUAAGACAGUACCAGUACAAGGAAGAAGAGACACAUCACAAAGUUCAUCAUGGCUUGCUAAGACAGUACCAGUACAAGGAAGAAGAGACAUAUCACAAAGUUCAUCAUGGCUUGCUAAGACAGUACCAGUACAAGGAAGAAGAGACAUAUCACAAAGUUCUUCAUGGCUUGCUAAGACAGUACCAGUACAAGGAAGAAGAGACACAUCACAAAGUUCAUCAUGGCUUGCUAAGACAGUACCAGUACAAGGAAGAAGAGACAUAUCACAAAGUUCAUCAUGGCUUGCUAAGACAGUACCAGUACAAGGAAGAAGAGACAUAUCACAAAGUUCAUCAUGGCUUGCUAAGACAGUACCAGUACAAGGAAGAAGAGACACAUCACAAAGUUCAUCUUGGCCUGCUAAGACAGUACCAGUACAAGGAAGAAGUGAUAUAUCACAAAGUUCAUCAUAGCUUGCUAAGACAGUACCAGUACAAGGAAGAAGAGACAUAUCACAAAGUUCAUCAUGGCCUGCUAAGACAGUACCAGUACAAGGAAGAAGAGACAUAUCACAAAGUUCAUCAUGGCCUGCUAAGACAGUACCAGUACAAGGAAGAAGACUAA